AUGAACACAACGCCAGCUGCAGCUGCUGCCAAUCGUGAUAUCACCAUAGGUCCUUGCAAGUGGGCAAUAGGCAGACGCUGCCCAGAUGCAGAUAUCAAAUAUUACAUCUAUACACGUCACAAUAUAAUGGAUCGACAGUGUCUGCAUAUAGCUGAAACUAUGGAUAAAUCAAAUCUCACCAGCUCAUACUUUAAUCCAAGACAUCCAACCAAGAUUCUUAUACACGGCUACAACUCAGAUAUGUUUCUAAGCCCCGCCUUGCCUGCACAAAUGCGAGAUGAAUAUCUAGCCAAAGAUGACUACAACAUUAUCUAUGUGGACUGGAGCGUCUUGUCGCCAGGACCUUGCUACAUCAGCGCUGUGCAUAAUACGCGUCAAGCUGGUGCUUGUGCUGCACAGCUGGUGGAGCGGCUGGUGGAGUCUGGCAAUACGGAUAUACACAUCAUAGGCUUCUCGCUGGGCGCUCAAGUGCCCAACUAUAUAGCGCGUAAUUUAAACAACUUUAAGCUGCCACGCAUUACAGGCUUGGAUCCUGCCAUGCCACUGUUUAUCACAGCUGGCUUGAACGAUAAGCUAGAUCCUAGUGAUGCGGACUUUGUGGAUGUUAUGCAUACGAAUGCCAUGGUGCAGGGCAAGCUGGAGCGUUGUGGACAUGUGGAUUUUUAUAUGAAUGGCGGCAUCAAUCAGCCAGGGUGCACUGGCUGGAUGAUAAACGCAUUUGCCUGCAGCCAUCAGCGCGCUACGGCGUAUUAUCUGGAGUCUAUACGCUCGCCCAAGGGCUUUUGGGGCUGGGCCUGCAGCAGUUAUCUGUACUAUCUGCUGGGCAUGUGUCCACCUACAAAUUUUCUGCUCGAAGCGGGUGACAAUGUGCGCGCGGGCACACGUGGCAUGUUCCUCAUAGACACCAAUGACACUUCGCCCUAUGCGCUGGGCAAAUGGACAGACUUACCUACGCUGGGCGUUAAGCGACCACGCCUACCUCAACCACUGCCACUGCAGUCUGUUGAUCCGCUAAUGCAGCACAUUGAUCAGUUUGGCAAGCUAGCAGGUAAUUUUAAUAAUAAGCCGGAUACAGCGCAAACAUCGCAGCCCUAUGAGCAUUGGACUAGCUAUAGUCCGCCUUUUAUAGCGGAGAGCGCUAGCGAUGAUUCAGUGGAGGAGCAGGAUAGUGUUGAGUUUGCAGAGGCAGAGCAUAGAGAGCAGCUGCAUCCAGCGUUCAACUGGUGGAGCUAUAGACAUAAUUUGACAACCGGCAUUAUAGACAAUGAUAUAUUUGGCCUGCCUGUUGUUAAUUAAGCGCGCACAGCCGACAGUAACAGACUCUAUAAUUGCAAUUGCAUUCCACUAAACUAAAUAGAGCGCUUUACUUUUUUACAGCGUUUAAA